CCGAACAGAAACUUGUCGCAGAACGGAUCGUGCUAAAGCAGCAUGUAGGCACCACUACUUAUACGAUUAAAAUCCUUCGUGUACUCGUACACACCGGGGAAGUCAACGUGCAUCAGCAUACGAUCUCUACCACUAUAAUACUCAGCGGUGGUUUUAAACAUCUAAGGGACCAAUAGGAGACAAGUCUGAUUUCCCUCUCUUUCUUCGGAGUGGGAUUUGAUGUUGAAGUUUCGGGGCCGUGGCGCCUGUUUGCGUACCUCCUGAAGAACGUUAAGUUUGUCAAAAGAGGAGUGUAUGCCUGAUGUGAACUAAACAGUCUGUUUGAGGGCAAAUUAGAGGGGCACGUAGGUCUUUAUUUGCCAAAUCAUGUCUGUUGCUGAUCCCCGGGAUGGAAUCGGAAACUGAUCAAAUGCUUAUAAACCGCCGUUCAUUAUUGACUGACUCACUUCCAUCGAAAGGACAUUUGGAAGCGUUCAACCAUAGUUUAACCUGUCAUUACCAUUGUGAGUUGUUCAGACUACAAGCAUCCUUCUCUUUCUCGGAUAUGGCACUCCGAAAAAUCACGUGAACAUUUCUUGCUUCCUUGGACCUAUAACAUAAUCUUUGUUUCACUCGCUCAAAUGCGCUUUAUUAGCCGUAAUGAAUCGUAUAAAAGGUUACCAAUUAAGAUGGUCCGCAGCACUGCAUCGCUAGCAGCCUUAGGGAACAGCAGCCGCUUCUUAGCCCUCCUCCUCAACCACGUUUAAGGUUUUAAAAGUACACUUCUCGGUCCUCCUAUUUGUAGAACUUACCUUUUCGCUUUUAUAUCGAAGCACUCUGGUAAUGUUUCUCCAGCGACGACUUGAUUGGUGGCAUAAAAACCGAUUUGCUCGAUUUCGGGCCUGGUAAUGAGCACACUAUCCACAAAUCUCGGAGCUGAUAGCUGAAAGUGGAGGAGAAUUGACGUUGGUGAUAAGAGCACGCCUGAUGCAUUUAGUGGUUGACAAGAUCGUGAAAAGUGCACCGAAGAGCCGAGAAGUCGUACGAUGGCUGGGAUUUAACUAUACAUGAGUUGGAAUGAUCGUGUCUCAGCUCCCCCUGACAUAAAUACCAAGUGAGAUUUUUCACGCCAUUUCCCGUGAUUUUUCACAAAUCGAUGGAAGAUUGUGAUUAACCGAAUCAGUUUAUUUCGGGAUAUUGACGACAGUGACGUGCAUUAAACUUUUCGCCUUAAUAAAGAUGCAAACGUACCGAACAAUAUAAAUUUGACUUGUAUCUAGUAAUGGACACAGAUUCUUUUAAACAAAAUCAACCCUUCCUAAUUGUUAGAGCCACUUAAGAUAUUUAAUUUAUUGAGUGAUGUGAUUACGAUGUCUUCAGUGACUGAAUAACUAGAGGUAAAACAAGGAAAAAUGUACUUCCUAUUCCAUUGGUACUGAAUGAAACAUCGGACUUUCGCCUUAUUUAUCAAUCUUAUUAGGCGAUUUUGGAUUAAUUACAAGAAAUAAUUUCGGACCAUGUAACUCGACGUCCUUAAGGAAUUGGUGUGAUUGACUAUCCAUUUUCUCUUCCACAGAAAGCAAACAUAUCGCAGACAAGACGACGUAAUAUUUGAAACGACAAAAGGUCCUCUGUCAACAUUUCCUCUUCUUCUUUUGAGGCUCGUCUUGUGAAUCUGCUGAUAGAGUCAGAUACAGCACUACAUUUUAAUUCUAGCCACGCCAUCUUAGCGGGGGAAGCACGAUUCAGAAGGUGUUGCAAGCGAGGAAGUAAUCGAUGCCAAAUGACUUUGGAUGGGGGAUCUGACAGUGAUUAAAUAUGUUUUCCCCCUGAAAAAUUGUUAUCUGAGCAAACACGAUCGCUUUUAGCCGGACGACGUGAGCCGUUACAUCUUCGUCGGUUUCUUUCAGGAGUGGGACUAUUAGUGAUGAUUCUUUUCUUGCUUCAUUGCGUGGUGUCUCAGAGAUUGUGAAGGACACUGUCUGAACGAUUCUACGCUUUUUGGAAUAAACAUUGUGAGCAGAGGUGACGUUAUCUGAAAAAGUCUGUCAAUCUUGCUGUUUGUUAUUCUAAAAAACAUAAUUCCAAAAUGACAAAUACAUGAACUUAUAUUUUCAUAAAAUAUAUUAACUCAUGCUCAAUUCUCUGAUCAGCACCACAUAAUGCAGUCGACGCCCUAGCCACUUUGACAUGAAGUAAGGGGUACGUAUUACAAGAUUAAGUCUGGAAGAAGUGUUACUUUCCAGAAGGCAUUCCUAUUUUUAGAGUGACCGCACAGAAUGAUAUUAAUGUAUGAAGCGUCUGGUUUAACGAUAACCUAUGAAAUAUAGACGGUGGUGUAUCAAAACAGUGCGUUGCCAUCAUGAUCAUUAUUUCUCAAGAAGAGAGCUGAAUUCUAAUUUUGGAAGCGUUUCAAAUCAUCGGGAGGGUAAAAUAGAUGUAUCAGAGGAUUUUGUGGUCAGCAAAUAAGACGAUGGCAGGUACAACACCCGCGUCGUAUUUCUCCGACUACGACCCUAUUAUAUCCUCUCCAUCGAUUCUAAGCAACGAUUCGGCAAGUGAUAGCCUUAAUGGAUCUGACGCCUCGCCGCAGCCUUAUCCACCGAGUGGUUACGGCUUGACUCGGAUACUUAUCUGCUCCUUCAUGGCCUUAAUAGUCAUCAUCCUCAUUGUUAUUGGUAAUAUUAUGGUGUGCAUUGCAGUCUUCAAAGAGAGAUCCCUCCAGGCUGUUCAGAACUGGUUCCUGGUGUCGCUGGCCGCUAGUGACCUAAUGGUUGGGGUCCUCAUCAUGCCGCUUGGUGUUGUGAAUGAAAUGCUCGGACAUUGGAUCUUUGGUAACCACGUUUGUCUUCUAUGGCUUGUCCUCGACGUAUUAGCCUGUACAGCUUCUAUUCUCAAUCUAUGUUUGAUAUCUAUCGAUCGUUAUUGUUCUAUAACAAGACCGAUAAAGCAUGCGGAAUGGCGCCAACCUUGCAGGAUUCGCUCAAUGAUCCUAGUGGUGUGGAUGUUGUCAAUGAUCAUCUCAGUGCCACCACUUUUUGGAUGGAGAUCCGAAAUCAAAAUGGGUGACAAUGGUUAUUACAAAUGUGUUAUUAGCGAGGAUAUUGGUUAUAUCCUCUAUUCAACUAUGGGCUCGUUUUAUAUUCCAGCGUUUAUCAUGGUGAUAGUAUAUUGGAAAAUUUGGUUGGCAGCUAAAAGGAGAGCUCGUUCAGCGGUUCGAAAAUCGAAACGCACCAAUGGUAAAAACAUGAUAGCGUCCGAAUGUAUAUCUGUAGACGAUCGGACAAAUUUCGAUGGAAAAACAUACGCAAUGAUACACAAAGCGGACCCCGAUAUACAAAUGGCUACUUUGCAAGUGGACCACGAGCACAUAGCGAGACCUGUCCCUUCGGCGUGUGGAACAAGCAGUAGUAACCCGGACGGGGAUAGUACGCAUGACCGGAUACCACAUUCCCCGUCGGACAACACUCUACAUCCGCCGUCGAUAACGACUUCGACGUCGCUUCUUCCACCUGGGGCGAGAAUGAGCGACACUCAUCUCAGGCCUGACACUCCGCAGAUGCAGCAUCGACCAUCUCGCAUUGACCCGCAUGAGAUCGAGAAACAGAAAAGACGGUUGGCACAGAGCCGCGAUCGAAGAGCCACUAUAGUUCUUGGAGUCAUCAUGGGAACGUUCCUCGCUUGCUGGUACCCGUUCUUCCAACUUUACGUCAUAUCCGCUCUAUGUGGACCGGCGUGUAAAAUACCACAAUUACUCUUCGAUUUCUUUUUCUGGAUAGGAUACUGCAACAGUGCCUUGAACCCAAUCAUCUACACCAUCUUUAACCGCGAUUUUAGGAGAGCUUUUAAGAAGAUUCUUGGUUUUCGCAAACGCCCGAAAAAACGAUGAUGAUUCCAUGGAGAUAUAUUUAGAAACGCAUACGACAGAACUUGUUUUGCAAUUUAUUUACUUGAGGAAUUGGAGUUGGAAAUGAGACUUGCGGUCUUACUUUAUGUUGGUGCGGAUUUCAGUAAUCGAGGGUAUUUCUGGGAACUUAUUUCACUAACUUGUGUCAGACUCCAAUGAAUAGACAUAAACUAUUACAUCAGUGACUGAAUUUGGAGAUAAUAGCGAACACUGCACAGUGACCCCAGAGGACUGAAUCCUCGGAUUUAUUUCACCGUCUUAUUUGUUCCUUACUAAUUAUUUUGUUUAUUUCUGAAUCUGAAUCUAUUCAGUAUAUCGCUGCUCCCUUUGUGGAUGCAAACCCCUGAACAGUUUGAAUGCAGCAUUUUUGUAAAAUAGAGUCGAAGUUUUAAAGAAAAACAAUUAUUGUACAUUAUGACGAAAUUAUAUAGAAAUAUUCAUUGAUUUUACAUACACGUUGAUAUGUCUCCUAACGCAACACUUUUUCUAGAUCAGAGAAAGCCAAAGAAUACUUGAAUUGCUAUUAUAAAUAGAAUUAUUUGUAUAGAUGUUCACUUAAUAAUAUCCAAGUCCUUUGGAAGCGCAUAGAGACGUUAUUCAUAUUGUGUUAUGCGCUGUUGAAGAACUUACCAUCAUCAUUAUUAUAUUAUUAUUUGUAACUGGUUGUCAGUUUAUUAAUUUUAAUGACUUUAAUCGCAGGAAAUUAGUGCAAAGUGAACAAAAAAAAGCACACGAUUUUAUAAGAAUGAAAUAUAAUUCUUCAUUCUCCUUCUACACCUGUAAUAAUUCUUUAAUCUUACAGCUAUUGUUUUUUUCAUUAUUUUAUUCACUCUCUUAACACUUGUUUAAAUCUUAAACCGAAAAUUAUCAUAAUAACUCCAUAUCUAAAACUUGCUUUUUCUUUUAGGCUGAGUAUGCUAUGGUCCACUUGUGAAAAACCCGAUUUCAAAACAACACAUAAUCAGCUUAAGAAAAUGAUAAUGCUUUUUGGUGGUAAUAUCAUAUUUGGCAUGGGAGUGAGCCCAUAUUUCUUCAUCCAUGUAGCAAUAAUUCACGAAAGUAAAGUGCAAACGGCAUGGACAUUUAUUUUCAGGACAAGAAACAUGAAAGAACUUCGGUAAAAUGAAAAAAAAGGGAUGGAUCUUUCUUUAUUUACUACCAAGCGUAGGAUGGAAGAUGAAAAAGAAUUCAAAUUCAUCACGAAUUUAUUGGUGAAUAAAUGUUAUUUCUAACGUAAAUGCUCGGGGAAUGAAGAAUAUAUUUCCGAAAGAAUCAGUUCCUUUACUUCCUGAUUGUAACUUUGAAAACAAAAUUUUGUGAACAUUGGAUGAACGCAUUUUAUUCUUUCGAUUCUUCCGACCAUCUUUUCAAAGCUAUCAAUUACAAAUGAUAUUUGUUUCGACAUUCAACAGUUUGUGUUUAUAUUGGCCUCAUUGGUUUCAGUUUCAGUAUUAGAAAAAUGCUUAUGAAAAAAUAUUGUUAAAGUAACUUCUUCAGAAUCAAUUUGCUUGAAAGUGAAAUAAGUAAAUAUUGAAGUGAAUUCCACAGUUUAAGAAAUACUUCUUGAAUGGAAAACAUGAAGUAGUUGGAUGAAUUGUUACUCAAUUCGCUUUCCAUCAAUCAUGUCAAUAGAUUAAACAUAAUUUCGUUGGUCAAUAUGCUUUCUUAAAUACUGUUCAAGUACAGAACAAAGAGCAGUGAAGCGCAUCUGACCACAAAUUGUUAAAUGCAUCAAGAUAAUAUUAUUUGUAAUAAAUAGUUGACAAACCUAGUCAGAAGAACGUAAUACAAAAGAUCAAGAAACAGGACAUGUUAUAUCUAAAGGUCGGAAUUCAUAGCGUUAACAAUAUCAAUAUUGACAAAUGAUAUCAUUUUCAUUCUUAUUAAAGAGACUCUUAAACAUGUUAAAAACGAAUAUUUCUUAUUUUGCACAUCUUCUAUCAUUAUUAACGAAGACUCAACAUUUUAGAUAUUUGUGAUAACUUUCAACCUCUUAAAAUGAAAAUAUAUCAUUACUAGUCAUCACCUAUUAAGAAAUAUGGUAAUAUAUGAUGAUUUCUCUCGUUCCUUAGAUGUCACGAUAUAAAAGGUCAUGUAAAACUCACGCAACAAUAGUUUUGCGUUCCUUUGAAAUUUGGCAACCUUUCAUUAAAAAGUAAUAAUAGUUUCAGUUUCGCAACUUUAUUCUAUUUCUUAAAACAGAAACUGUUUCUUUGGUUUUAUAUCUUUAAACCUAGACCUAGAGCUCGAUGCAGAAGGCAAGUACGACAUACCAUGUGGUGCACACAUGUUGGUAUUUGUAAAUGCACGUUGUCAACACGAGCUGAUAUUUAAAUCGCCUUGAAAACAUGAUCCCUGAAUGUAUAAUGAGAUUCUAAUGGAUCUGCACGAUUCGUUUUCAAUUACCUGAACAUGAAGUAUGACUGCGUUUGAAUUAGACAGAUCGUGUAUGCUAUCAAAAUAUUACCAUGAUUUAUGUCGCACAUCUCUUUAACAGGAUCAAUUAUGAAUUUUAAUCAGACAAAUCAUCUGAAUUGUAAUAUUUCUUUUUCAAUUAAAAAAUUACCAUGUUUAUACUUUUUCAAAAAGCUAACCGUCAUUUUAAAAUGUGCACUUUACAUUUUUUUUAAUCAGGAUUGAUCAAAAAAUCCUAUUAAGUUAUCUGAAUAAUAAUAGUUUUAAUCAAUUGAAAAGAAGCACGGUUUUACUUGUCAAAAUGUUAAUUGGAGUAUGUAAGUGAUAAAGUGUAAUAUAGCCAAUAAUAUCAGAAUGGGAAAGCUGAUUAACUUUCAUAAGAAACUGCCAUUUCAAAGCACGAUUUGUUUUCAUUUGGCAUUUAGUGAUUUAGUGUCGAUGUUUCCCUCUUUUGACAUGAAUUUGAUUGGGACUUUGGAAAUCUUAAAUAUACACACUCUAUGUUGACCGUAAUCAGAUUUUAGAAAUUAAAGUCUUUGUGGUCGAUUAUUUCCUGUAUUUAUGUUAAGAUGAUAUAAUCUAUGCUGGACUGGGGUUGACAUUAUGUGUCUUAGAGCAUAUUAAAUUGGCAGUGCGUUGUGUUAUGCUCUUGACGAUCACUCCAUCCCCUCCCCCACUUCAGAUAGGGGUAUUGAAAUGGAAGAGAUACAAGACAAGAUAAGCACUGUUAGGAAUGAAUUCAGAUCUAAUUAAGAUAGUUUAAGCCAAACCGCGACGAGGGGAUAUUUUUAUUUCAUAUAAUGGUGUACUUUUUUUUAAAUUACGUAUUCUCUGUUUCUUUAAACCAACCUCAAAGUUGGUUUAUCAUGAACCAGUCAAUAGGUUGGUUGGUAAAACCCCCAAUUUAUUUAGCAUGCUAUUUUGUUUUAAACAAAUAUUUGUUCGGUUAAACAGCUUUCGUCUUGGAAAAAAUAAUUGUGAGAUUGUGGUUGUCCUUUAUUAUUAAUUUCUUAAAUGUCAUGAUCUUCUUAUACGUUUCCAAUCAUACUGAUGCUAUAUAGCACUCCUUACGACUUGUCUGCGACCCGAGUUGGUAAAAAAAAAUGUGUUAACUGGUUAUUGCAUAUACAAAAUUAGAGUAAAGAAUUAUAUCUAAUGUAUCUACGCAUUGACGUAGGUUGAAAUUCACUAUUGUACUGUACCUUUAAAUUGUAUUUAUAAUCGUUGCGUUGCAGUAGCGAUCAUUCAAUCUGCUACCAUUUUAAAGCAAAUCUUGCCUUGACUCCAAACUAAAUCGCUAUCAUUCAUAAUUCUGAUAUCAGUUUUUUAUCGGUUUGUCUGAAUCGAAAAUAAAUCUGCUUUUUAUUAGUAUUUAUUUUUAACAGCUCUUUCUUCUAACACCACACCCUACAAGUCGUUAACGGUCUCAUGAUAAGGUAUUAAUAAGGGUAAAAUUGACAGUACUAAGACACAACGAGUUUAACCAAUAUUGGGUAUACAUAUUCUGCCUUUAAGCAAUUAUACAUAUUCCGCAUUUAAGCAAUUAUACAUAUACAUUCAAAGCAUGGAAUUUAAAAAAUAUGUCAUCGGAUGAUAAGGCAACAGUUCGCUAAAUUCUUUUACUUACUUUUCGACGAUCACCAAAAACGAGAAUCCUUGCAUUCCCCAUUUCUGAUACGGCUAUGAAUUUUGAACGAAGACCUACAUAAACAAUUUUUAUCAGGCCAUGACCGAUAAGACCAAUUUAUAUUAAGAUGUUAAUGUCUGCAUCGUUGAGAAUAUUUUUUUUAUGCAUAUCCCAAAUAUUCAUGUUGACACGAUUCAGUCUGGGUUUGCAAUAAAUCAAACCUUGGGUGCAUGAGUAUUUUAUACAUAAUGUAUUGCCUGGAAUUACAUGGGAUGGACUAAAAUGCAUUUUUAAAUUUAAAUUCCUCAGUACUUAAGUUGAGCGUAAUAUCGUACUUUAUAUGUUUCCGAUAUGCUCAAGGGGAAUUUCGGUGUUAUAUAUAAAAUGAAAAGGUUAAGAUUCCUGAAAGCCCAAAUGAUGAUCGCUUAGCGCGAGAAAAAUAUUAUGCACUAUCGUCUUUUUUUUCUUUUUUUCUUCCUUUGUUAAUAGAUUUCGUGCAUUUCUGCGUUGCGUGAGCCUUUAUGGGGAUUUUGUUUGAUGUGCACUAAAUCCUGGAUAUGGAAAUGCUUUUUAGAGAUCGAUUCUUGAAAAAGGAAAAUUCAUAACGCAUCAGCUGGUGAAGACAUAUAUUUCUCUAUCCUUCUUUCUCUCUCCCUCUCUCCCUCCCUCUGUGACUCCCUUUCUUUACUAUCCUCUCUCCCCCUCUCAUUGACUCUCUGUCUUUACCCUUCUCUCUCUUCCUCUCUCUCCCUCUCUUUCGUAAUUUACCCUCUUUUCUCCCUUUCUAAUCUCUAAGCUUUGCCCCGUUCAUUUCUCGCUCAUGCCAUCCCAUAUAUAAUUGGUCAUGUGUCAUGCCCGUGUUCAUGCUCGCACAUUGAUAUACAAUUCAAUUCAUGUAACUUUUAAAUGAGAUAAUUAAUAUACCAACAUAGUAAUUAGAUAUUUUGGUGGAACCGUGUUCUUCUUCUGUUGAUUUUCGAAGAGAAUGUGUAAUAUUUUGUAAUUUUCGAUGUCUUUAUUCUGUAAGGUCAUGUCCAGUAUAUGAGCGAAUCGGUGAAAACGGGUCUUCCUGUCAAUGUCCUGAAUCGCUGAACAGAAUUCAUUUUGUUUUUGAUGAAUGGUUUUGGAUUUGUGAUGAACGGUUUCAGGCAACUUGUGAUGAUUAUCUUAGAAGUGUAAAUUGAAAUGUCGAGAACGAAUAAUAAUGUAAAAGAAAUAUAUAUCGAUAUCUUAAUCCCAUUCUGCGUGAAUGAAAAACGUUAACUAGACCUAUAAGUCUACAUGCCUGAGUACUUAUUUCAGAGUUCGUUAUGCAGUAAGAAUCAUUCUCAGAUGUUUAAACCCGUUUUUGAUUUUGCCUCCUAUGUAGGGUCGUGUUUGGGAAGGUUUUUUAUGCAAAAACAAAGUCCCUUUUAUUCUAAGUAAUACGGAAUGAGCGUGAAACAGGCACAAUUAUUAUUGUGCAACUUACCCUUGCAUCAUGAACACUUGAAAAAGGGUAGCUGUUUGUGGUACUUGAUCUAGUUCAUUAAGUAAUACAAGCAGAUUAUUUUUGGAACGUAUGAAAUUAUAAUUGAAUAAUUUGAGAAUCUAAAUCUGCAACAAUGAUGGGACAUAUACUGUUUAUCAAUUUAGCGAUAUAAUAGCGAUAGUUAAGAAAUGAUAAGCAUGAUUGAGAAUAACACCUGUGUAGUCUAUGUCUCUCACAACGGGUCUCUCCUAUCGAAAUAUAUCCAUUGUUUAGGAAUAUGAUACAAUUGCUGUAAAAACUGUGUGUUAAUCUUCUCUUAAAUUUUGAAUUUAAGAAAUAAAAACUCUAAUGUGUUGAAAAAAAUAGAUGAGAUAUACUCAGGUUUGCCUGGAAAGUUGUUUUUCGUUGUAUUUUGAGUGGAGUUUAAGAAAAGGUUUUAGGAAUAUUGAAAUAUUCUAAGAAUAACCUUUGAAAGCAUGUAACAAACUAAUAUCAUUGAUUAUUCUGGCUCUUAUACAUUAAAGCAUGCCAACGGGAGGGACAAAAAUAACAUAUAUUAUUGCGCUUUGUAAAUUGACUUAACUAAGACCAUUCUAUUUCAUUAUGUAUUAUGUAUUAAGAAAAAGAACAUAGAUCAGGUUAUUUUUGUGUAAUUGAUCACUGCAGACUUAAUAAUGUUUCUAACAGACUAAGUUUUAUUGAAUUAUGUUAACAAUAUCAAUAAAGAUGUCUACCAAG